AAAAGGAGAGAGAAAAAGGAGAGAAUGAAUGAAUGAAUGAAUGAAUGAAUGAUCCAAUCCAUGGGUGGAUUGUACAGCUUGUUCUUCAAAUCUCCCAACUCCUUCCUCUUCUCUCCUCCACCAAUUUCCCACAUUUUUCCUCUCCUCCUCUCAUCCAAAUAUUUCUUCUGUAAAAGAAAGUUCAUAUUUUUUUAAAAAAAAAAUCCAUCUUUUUUUUCUAAUUUUUUCAAAAUAGUGGAUUAAUUCUCCACAACAUUGCACUUUUCUUCUAGGGUUUUGAAAUUGAACCCAAUCCCCCAAAAACAAAGCUAAAGCUGAUCACCUUCUGAUUAUACACACAUACCCAUAUACACACAAGUAUACACACGCAAAUAUACAUAUUUGUACAGAGAGAGAGAGAGAGAGGGAGAGAGAAUCAUUCACUUUUCUUUAUCAGAGAAUAUAAAGAGAUCCAACGGGCUUUCCUAUCAGUUUUCUUUGACUAACUACUCUUUUUCCUGGAAUUUUUUCAGAGAGACAGUGUUUAUGUGUGUGUUUGUUUGAGUGCGUUUGUGUGCUUUUUCCCUUUCCGUUAUGGAGAAAAAGUAGGUGGAGGGUAAUAUGUAGAAGGUUAAUUUGUUGAGAGAAAUGUUGGCAAUGGAGAAGGAUUUUGAUGCAAAGCUUAGGAUUAAGGGGAAUUCAUCCAAUGGUAGCAAUGUGCAGAGAUCUAAGAGCUUUGCUUUCAGGGCGCCUCAGGAGAAUUUCACCAUCCAGGAUUUUGAAUUGGGCAAGAUCUAUGGUGUUGGUUCUUAUUCUAAGGUUGUGAGGGCAAGGAAGAAGGAUUCAGGAAUUGUAUAUGCCUUGAAGAUCAUGGACAAAAAAUUCAUCACCAAGGAAAAUAAAACAGCCUAUGUAAAGUUGGAGCGUAUUGUUCUUGAUCAACUGGAUCAUCCCGGAGUUGUGCGGCUGUUCUUUACAUUUCAGGAUACUUUCUCAUUGUACAUGGCACUCGAAUCUUGUGAAGGUGGAGAACUUUUUGAUCAAAUAACCAGAAAAGGUCGAUUAUCAGUGGACGAAGCUCGCUUCUAUGCUGCUGAAGUUGUAGAUGCUCUUGAGUACAUACAUAGUAUGGGAUUGAUACAUCGAGAUAUUAAGCCGGAGAACUUGCUACUAACUGCAGAAGGACAUAUCAAAAUUGCUGAUUUUGGAAGUGUAAAGCAUAUGCAAGACAGUCGAAUUACAGUCCUUUCCAAAUGCAUCUCAGAUGAUAAGGCUUGCACGUUUGUUGGGACAGCUGCAUAUGUUCCUCCAGAAGUUCUCAACUCUUCUCCUGCAACUUUUGGAAAUGACCUCUGGGCACUUGGAUGCACCUUGUACCAAAUGCUUUCAGGAACUUCUCCUUUCAAAGAUGCAAGUGAGUGGCUCAUUUUUCAAAGGAUUAUUGCCCGAGAUAUAAGGUUUCCAAACUAUUUUUCAGAAGAAGCUAGAGACCUUAUUGAUAGGUUGCUGGAUAUAGAUCCCAGCAGGAGACCGGGUGCAGGAGCUGAUGGUUAUGCUGCACUCAAGUUGCAUCCCUUCUUCACAGGAGUUGACUGGAAGAAUGUAAGGACACAAACCCCUCCGAAACUUGCUUUGGAACCAAUGGCUCAAUCAGUUGAGGCUGAUGAUCCUAAUGAUUCUUCAUGGAACCCUACCCAUGUUGGGGAUGGUUCAGUCAGACAAAAUGAUGGGCCCGGUCCCUCAUCCACGUCUGAAGCAUCUGGUUCUAUAACUAGACUUGCCUCAAUUGAUUCAUUUGAUUCAAAAUGGCAACAGUUUCUGGAUCCAGGGGAAUCUGUUCUCAUGAUCUCAAUGGUGAAGAAACUGCAGAAGCUGUCAAGCAAGAAGGUGCAGCUUAUCCUCACCAACAAGCCAAAACUAAUUUACGUGGACCCUUCAAAGCUCGUCGUUAAAGGAAACAUAAUUUGGUCUGACAAUUCAAACGACCUCAGCAUACAAGUAACUAGUCCCUCCAAUUUCAAGAUUUGCACGCCAAAGAAGGUCUUGUCUUUUGAGGAUGCAAAACAAAGAGCCUGGCAAUGGAAAAAGGCCAUAGAGGGUCUUCAGAACCGUUAAUAGCCAAAUAGGGCUUUUUUCUUUUUCAUCAAGCCAUUUUUUGCUGAUGUAGAGGAGGGAUGAAGAAUUCUUUGCGAACCCAGAGAAAUAUUUCUUCGACAGAGGAAUUGAGAUUCGAGUUGCAGUUUCUGCUGCUUCAACUGUUUUCACUUUCCCCACUUUGUUGAAUGAAAGUGUUUGGGAAGAAGGAAAGUUGUUGUCUGUCCAUUUAAAGAUGUGUAUGAAAUGAGAGGAUUUUUGGGAAGAAGCAAGAGCUCAUUUCUUUUUUAUUGUAUCCAAAGUUACUGGUCAUUAAUGAAAAAUUCCAUUCCUUGAAAUCUCAAGGAUAAAA